AUGCUUGAUCAACUUAUAACAUACAGCAGAAUAAUGAAAAGGCUAGUGUUGUACUUUGAUGAUGCAUGGUCUUUUGCAGAGUGCUACAAAAUAAAGAAAGCAAGCAACCUUCUGAAAAAAAGCAUUAAAAACAAUUUUCCGCAUAAUAUAGAAAAGAUACUAAAUGACAGAGAAUUCUAUAGGCUGGAUAUACUGACUGAAAAGGCUUUACCUCUCUUCUCCAAAAAGCUAUACUCAGAAAUAGACAAGAAGAUAGAUUACUACGAAGACAUGGCAAGAAAAGGAGAAAUUGCUACAGAUGAAAUAAUCAGCAAUAUACGCAUGUUCCAGAUAUAUGCGCACGACAUAUGGAUCAGUGAAACUAAUAGGAAAAAUGAAGAGAGAGUCUUAUUGGAUGACGAUUUUACUAUUGAAGAUGUUGAGAUCAUUGAGAGAACAAAUGAAUACUUGAAAGACUCAGUUUUUUCUGACUUGAAGAUAAUGAAUGAGUAUGCAUUAAGAGAGAGUGUGCAUAAGCAUAAGAGUUAA